GGAUUUUUGGUCCCUGGACCAAUGCUUAUGCUGCACCCUGUGUGUUAGGUUAAAAUGAUAUAUGUAUGCAAUAUGGAAUUGUCUCUAAAUUUGGGGACAAUGAAGAGCCAAUGGUCCUCCCCUAAUAUAUAAGUAGAAUGUAUUUAUAACGUUCACACAACAACAUAUUCACCAGGCAGAAAAACCAUCAAUACAGAAAGAUAAUUUUUUAUUACAAAUUAUAUUAUAUGGACAGAUUAAUGAACAAUUUGUCAAAUCACAAAAAUGUUUUCUUUCAGAAAAAUGCUAAGAAAAAAUAGUUUCCUUAUUUUUGUCUUCUUGAUUUUGAUGAUCACAGUGUUGUUUUAUUCAGAAAAAGUUACAAUAAAACCAAUGAAGACUUCACAAGAAGCAAAAUCAGACCAUAUUACAGGAGAUAUGUUGACAACAGGAAAAAAGGAUUACACGAAGAACUUUCUUUAUAUAGUGAAUUCUGAUCAAUGCAUAAGAGACUAUUUUGUGCAAACAGACAUGUUUGGAGACCCAGAGAAUUUGGACGUGUUGGUACUGAGUUAUAACACUCCCUGCGAAGACUUGAAGUUAAAUCAUGUUAAAUACGUAUUUGGCCCAAAUACAACUUGGGCAUCGGGAAGAAACGUUGCUUGGACAUAUGCGCAGAAACAUCUUGGGAAAUACUUGUAUUAUGUUUUCCUUGAUGAGGAUAUCGUAUUGAAACCAACACUGCCAAGAAUUCUGAGUAAAGAUGCAUUGAAUAAAGUGAACCCGAAUAUUUCCAUACUGAGACAAUUUGAAAAUUUUCUACUGGAUACACGACCUGCUGUUGGUGCGCCUCUACGAUCAGUGUUUGACCCUUUGGGUAUUUCCGACUUUGACGAGUGUUGCCCAGGAGAAGACAAUCAUGACAAACAAUGGAAUCUCACAGAACGAAUCCCAAUGAUACGAUUUGAUGAGUGUUUUGCAGCAUUCCAUAAUAAAGCUAUUGGGUAUAUAAUGCCAAUAGAUGUUCAAUAUGACGCAAUAAGUUGGUGGGGAGCAGGGCGGUACCUCCACAUGAAAUCAUACUAUUAUUUUCACCGUCAGCUUGCACGAUAUACUCCCAUGACUGUACAUAAUCCCCAGCAUAAAGCUUAUCCCCAAGGAAUUAUUCCAUAUGUGGAUAUAAUUAAUAACAUCAGAUUCAAAGUUCCAAUGUCUUAUAGAAAUUCAACAAUCUUUAUGCAGGAUCUUAAGAUUAUGGCUGGUGAUGGAUUUUCAAGUCAUAUUCAUAUUCAUCCAUUGAAACCAACUUUUGAAUUAGCUCCUAUAAAUGAUGAAAUAGUUCCUUUCAAAUAUAUUAACACCAAAAGACAUUUUAAAUAAUCGGUUUAUUAUCUAUAAAACCAUAUUUAUUAUUAUUAUAGAGCUGUUCCAAAAGGCUUACCUAUAGGAUUAUGAUAUGGAUGAGACAGGUGUUUUCCAGCAUGCAUUCAGACAUUUCAGAAUUUCAAUCAAAUAAAGUCCUACUUUGAGGACAUCAUUUGAACUGGCAUUAGCAUUAUCAUACAUGAGUACAUUCUGUAUGUUGUAUCAGAUUUGGCAAAUUUUGAAUCGUGAAUCUCAAGUUUUGUAUAUCUGGAUACAUUGUCAGAAAAAAUUCUUUGAUAUUUGGGCGUUCGUAAACUGAAAGCUUCUUAAAUCCAUUCAUUAACAGUGUAAACCAUUAAAAAAGAAUCAUACAUACUUUUAGUGGUCAAGCAAUUAAUAAACAUGUACAUACAUGUACAUUAAUUUGUAAAAUGUGAUGUUGUACAAAUGUAUGAAUGUGCAAAUCUUGUUAAGGUAUGAUUUGGUGUAUUUGUUUCUAUAUAUUGUUCUGGGAGAGACUUUAUUGCUUAUUAUAUACUUUAAAUAAGGAAUAAAUUCAUCAAUUCAGUUUUGAAUUGAUUUAUAAAAGAAUUUAUGUUUGUCUUUGAUUGAAUCAGCGAGUUUGACCAAAAGGGCUAGUAUCUCCAAUUUUGAUUCUGAUUAUACAUUCUGAUUGUAAGCUUUGCAACUACAUAAUUAACAUCAAUGAACUUUGAGACAAAACUUCUUUUUUGUAAUCAUUAAAGCUCAUGUAGAAAGUAAAUUAUUUGCCUUUUAGAAUUAUAGGAAAAUGCGAGAGUUGUGAAAUUCAAUUUUGUACUUACUUACUCUGUUACUAGCUGAGGAGUUUUUUUCAAUAUUUUCAUAAAGAAUAGACCAAAAUUUCAUGUAUUUGAAUUCAAAACAUUUUGUCUUAUGAUCAAAUGUACAAACACAACCCUUGAAAAUAACUAAUAUUAUACAUAUUUGGCUGAAUUUUGACACCAACCUUGUCAUGUGUCAGUAGAGCCUGUCAUGGUUCAAAGAUGUGCCUUUUGGUGUCAACCUAGAGCAUUUUACAAUAUCCGGGAACCUUAAAGUAGUGUGCUCUAAGCACAAUAUUUACAUGUUUGGGGAUAUAACCUGAAAUCAACCUUGAUGAUGUACAAGUACAGGGUGUUCCAAAUAUAAGUAUAAGUUUAAUAGGCAGUGUAUAAAAAACCUCCUACCUCAUACCCACCUACGUGGGACAUGAUACAGUCAUUGAAGGGUUCUAUUUUAAAGAUUUUAAAUCUCAAUAUAGCUCUAAUUAUUAACAUUUCUACUAUUCCGGCUUUAUUUUAUGACUAGAUGGAUGACAGAUCUAUAAACAAAGGCAUAUGGGUGCAUUGUAAUGUGUAAUCACUAGUAAUCAGGAUAUGGUGUGAAUGGGACAUUUCUGGUGUUACUUGGUAUGAAAAAUAUUUUUUCUACCAUCUAACACCAAGUCACACCACAAUCAUGGUGUGACUUGGAGUGAAAGGAUUAAGAGAUUAAACCCCUGCUGUCUAACACUAAGUCACACCAUACUGCUGGUGUGAGAUGGUAUGAAAAACAAAAUUAAUCCCUUUGAUCUCUACAAGCCAAAUUCCACACCAAGUCACACUGAAAGGAUGGUGUUACUUGGUAGUAAAAUAUUAAACUUCAUUUUCUUAGUCCUUGAUUGCAUUUUUACACUCCCUUUGAUC